AUGGUUGUAUUGACUAACCAGAAGACCCUAGUGAGAACGGAUAGGAUCAUCUUGCAACGCCUCUUUAUUGCUUCUGCUGUCGUUGCAUUAUCGGUCUUCACCAUACCUCUAGACUUGAUCGAAUCAGAAGAAGAUCUGAAACACAAUCCAAAAUUCCUCCGCAAUUCACAACCUACUUCUGGUUCACAGUGGGCUUCAAAACAAAACAUAGUUCCAUAUGAAUCCAAGUACCACGUUGUAUUCUCUACGGGCUGCUCCAAUUUUCAAGACUGGCAGUCAUAUGUGUUCUUCUAUCAUGUACUCCAGUCUGGACAAGAAGGCCACGUGACACGGAUUGUAUCUGGAUGCAAUGAAUCUCAGAAACAAGAGUUGGAGGGAAUCUUUGAGACUGAAGUCGCCAGCCUGGCUCCAGGACGCUUCCAUUUACACCAUACUCCCGACUACUCACGAAUAAAGCAAAGAGCUUCGUAUGUUUACUUCAACAAGCCGUACGGAAUGAGACACUGGAUGGAACAUGUUUUGGGAUACCCUGAUCCCUCCGAGGAACAGGAUGAUGACAUUAUCAUGUUACUCGAUCCCGACCAAAUAAUAAAGAGGCCGUUCACCGCCGAGUUUAAACGGGAAGCUGAAGAUUGGAAAACAGAACCCGAGAGUCUCAGAGUGGAUCAUGGAUCACCUUUUGCGCAAGUGUAUGGGUUUGGGCUUCGAUGGAAAACCCAAAUUGACCUUGCCUACGUCUUCCAGAACUUAUCAACGCCCAUUACCAGCAUGACCAAGAGCGAGCUCGAGGAUUAUUAUCAUGCUAUGGGACCACCGUUUAUUGCCACUGCCAAAGAUAUGUACAGUAUUGUGAAGGUGUGGAGUGAUGUCGUUCCGCGUGUUCAUGAUCAGUUCCCUCAGCUAUUGGCCGAAAUGUACGGCUACAACCUAGCAGCAGCGCAUCUGGGUUUGCGUCACAUGCUGGCCAAGUCGUUCAUGCUAUCGAGUGUCAUGACAUAUCGGAUUGAAGCUUGGGAAAAGAUUUUGGACCCACUUCCGACAGAACGCAUAUGUGAUAAAAACCUGCCACAAGAGUCCUAUCCACAUGUAUUGCACUUUUGUCAAAGGUAUGGAGUGGGGAAGUGGUUCUUUAACAAAAAAAUACUUCCAAAAACGUUGUUGUCUUGCGAUGGACCAUUGUUGCAAGAACCACCUUACAAUCUCGUCGAUCUGUACUCAUCAGCAAUCUAUCCAGGUGUUCUAAAUGUUAUCCCCCUCCCAAUGUCUCGAAGACGACACGAGUCCUUUAUGCUAUGCAAUGUUAUUCGUGACUUGAAUCUUGCCCUUGUACAUUACAAACAACAACACUGCGCCUCAGCGAACUAUGAGUACAACUUAACAUUCUUCGAAAACAUGACGUGGGUGGAUAAUACAACACUAGUUACUACUUAG